CCGAGGGGACACAUGAACACAAUAUAUGAGGGGAGGCAGUAGUACUGAUGCUGAGUGCUUGCAGCUUGCAGCCUUGGAGCAUUCGUAUUGGCCGAGAGCGCCGAUGUUCUGUCAGCCCGACUAAUCAUUUCGCCCGGCUAGCCGCCAUGAAACGCCCCAAAGCCAUAACUUUGCCUAUUUCAUAUUCUCAAGAAGGGCCUACGAACGCUGGUCCUCCUUUUGUCCUAUAGAGAGGCUGACACCGUGAUUACAUAGCCUUCCAAAUGCUCUAAAGAAUCCGCGGUAUGCCUCGCUACUGAGCUCGAACCGUGAGGCUCACCAAGGUUGAGCCCCUUCAUUUUCCAUCUGUAUGUAUAUCGAUACGAUACCAACUGCAACGGUCGAAUUGUCAUGGCAGAAGCCUUGGCCAUCCUGGGUCUUACGAGCAACCUCAUAUCUUUCAUAGACUUCAGCUUCAAGGUUGUCUCUGGAAGUCGAAAAAUACGCCAAAGUUUAGAGGACACAACCGCGGAAAUUCAGGAGCUCAAAAACAUUAUCGAAGAUGUCAAACUGCAUUGUGAGCAGGCAAAGCAGUUGGAGCACUCAGGUCGUAAGCUCUGUCCACAGGAGCGCAACAUCAUCGAGAUGGCUGGAAAGUGCAGUGCGCUUGUCACAGACCUGCAAAGAGCUAUCGAGUCACUGAGGGUGCGGCCAGACCGAUGGAGAACCAUAGAAGCCUUUCGUAUAGCUUCUCAGAAUCUCUGGAGACAGAAUGAUAUCGACUCCCUUCGAAACCGUCUGAUCCAACUGGAUGAGAGAAUAAAGAGCAACAUUGGUCAUAUCAUGCAAAGGUAGAAAAUCUUCCAGACCUAUAGACAUGCCAACACCGUCGGAUGAUAGGACAAUAAGCCAAUGAAUAUACCGCUAGCUGACUGUUGUGUUGUAGAGAAAAUAAUUCGACGGUUGUGGCCAGACUCAAUGACAUCAAACAAAUGCAAAAUUGCUCCGGAAUUGCUCAUGAGGCUAAGAUGGAUUUGAUU